UAGCUGGGGUAACACGACGCUUUCUCGUGUGGCGGAAAACGUAAACAGUCCUAAAAAUGACUCUGGAAGAGGCUCAAACUGAGGAAAAACAAGAAGAGGUGUUACUUCCCGAUACUAACAUUGUGACGCAUUGUGUUUACAAGAACGAUGUUACAAGAUUUGUUAAAUGUUUUGAGGAUGACGAAGAUCCUUUCAAGGAGACCGUUUCAGACUUUUUGAACACACGCGAUGAAGAGGGAAAGUCGCCGUUAGAUGUUGCUGCCACACUUGGGAGGGUUGACAUGACAAGGGAAUUAUUGCAAAGAGGGGCUGACAUCAACAAUGUGACGGCAAAAGGGUACUGCCCACUGCAUCAUGCUGCAGCGUGGGGGAGGAUCGGUGUGCUGAAGGUACUGGUGGAGUUCAGUGCCAACCUGCAGCAACGUAAUGCUCAUGGAGAACGUGCUCGAGAGACGGCACAGAGGUACAACAAUGCUGAGUGUGUGGAUUACCUGGACUGGGCAGAGGCCAGGGUACAGCUGGUGGAGACAAUCAAAUCAAUUCAGGAAACUGUCACUGAUCCUGAGAAAAUUCAAGGCAAAAUUUCAAAGGAUGAAAAGAACCUGGCUGUCAAUUCCUGCAAGGAGAAGAAUGAGUGGGUAGAAGGCACAGUGGAUGCGACCACACAUGACUUCAUUGUCCAGAAGCAAGCCCUCCAAGAGAUAGUGGCACCAAUUCUCCAGAAGAUUGCAGAGCCUCGUCCAGAAAAAGACCAGGGGAAAGGACAGAAAAAAAGUAAGUAGACAGCAUUCAACAGGAUCCAUGUCUUCACUGCUCCUCGUCCCUGCUCGACCCAGGAUAGUGAUCAACAUCCACCAUCUUGUCUACAUCUACAGUUGCUUAUAGGGGGAUCACGAUGUACCAGUGUAUCAUGAUGGUAUUGUACAUGAUAUGCCUACCCAUGCAUCCAUUUGUUACUUCAUUCCAUAUUACUUUCAAAGUAACAUAUCAUACUUUCAGAAUAACUUUUUAGCUCAGUAUUACGUACCACCAUCAUAAACAGAAAUGAAUCCGAUUGCUUAAAACUGUUUGGAUGAGCUUCAGACAAGACAAACUGGUUAAUUGAUUUAUCUUGUUUAUUAAGUCAUAUUGAACAGAUACUAAAUGUAAUUUCAAUAAAGUUCAAGUCAUGAUACAUGUCGUAACAUGACAGAAGUGCUGCAUUAUGUAUCAAUAUUUGACAGGUGUAUUUUACGGAGCCAAGUUGCUGAUGUGUCAAUAGUGUUUAACAUCAUUGCAAGACAUAGUGAUGAAGAACCUGUGUUACUGUGAUACAAUGUGUAUAUAAUGUUGUAAAUAUUAGGGAAUUCCCUCAAUUUGUAAAUGUACAUAUAUCUGACAGUGCCCUGAUAGUGGGGGAAAUAAAUGUCUUGGACUA